GCGGGGGGCAUGGACUGGAAGCGGAGCCUGCGGGGCCGCCUGGCCGCCCGCCGCACCCCCAAAAAGAGCGAACAAGAGCUAAAAGAUGAAGAAAUGGAAUUGUUCACAAAAUAUUACAUGGAAUGGAAAGGAGGAAGAAAAAGUGGCAAUACGUCAUAUACAAACAUACCACGAUUUUACUACAGGCUGCCAGCUGAAGAUGAAGUCUUGCUUCAGAAGUUAAGAGAAGAAUCUAGAGCAGUCUUUCUGCAAAGAAAAAGUAGAGAGCUGUUGGAUAAUGAAGAGCUGCAGAAUCUGUGGUUUCUACUGGACAAACAUCAGACAUCACCAAUGGUUGGGGAAGAAGCAAUGAUCAACUAUGAGAACUUCUUGAAAGUUGGUGAAAAAGCUGGACCUAAAUGCAAGCAGUUCUUCACAGCUAAGAUCUUUGCUAAGUUACUUCAUAAUGAUCCUUCUGGGAGGAUAUCUAUCAUGCAGUUUUUCAAUUAUGUCAUGCGAAAAGUAUGGCUUCAUCAGACAAGAAUAGGUCUCAGCUUAUAUGACGUGGCAGGACAGGGCUACCUCAGAGAAUCAGAUUUAGAAAACUAUAUUUUGGAACUCAUCCCUACUUUGCCACAACUGGAUGGUUUAGAAAAAUCUUUUUAUUCCUUCUAUGUCUGCACAGCAGUUAGAAAGUUUUUCUUCUUUCUUGAUCCUCUCAGAACAGGGAAGAUAAAGAUACAGGAUAUUUUAGCUUGCAGCUUCCUGGAUGACUUACUGGAGUUAAGGGAUGAAGAACUUUCUAAAGAAAGUCAGGAAACAAAUUGGUUUUCUGCUCCUUCUGCAUUAAGAGUUUAUGGCCAGUACUUAAACCUUGAUAAAGAUCACAAUGGCAUGCUCAGCAAAGAAGAACUGUCCCGGUAUGGAACAGGGACUCUGACCAACAUAUUUUUGGAUCGUGUCUUUCAGGAAUGCUUAACUUACGAUGGUGAAAUGGACUAUAAAACCUACCUGGACUUUGUGCUUGCAUUAGAAAACAGAAAGGAGCCUGCAGCGCUGCAAUAUAUUUUCAAACUGCUUGAUAUAGAGAACAAAGGGUACCUGAAUGUCUUUUCCCUUAAUUAUUUCUUUAGGGCUAUUCAGGAACAAAUGAAAAUCCAUGGACAAGAACCAGUUUCUUUUCAGGAUGUCAAGGAUGAAAUCUUUGAUAUGGUGAAGCCUAAGGAUCCUUACAAAAUCUCCCUUCAAGACUUAAUCAAUAGCAGUCAAGGAGACACUGUUACCAGCAUUCUAAUUGAUCUCAAUGGGUUCUGGACAUAUGAGAACAGAGAGGUCCUUGUGGCAAGUGAUAAUGACAGCACUGCUGAUGUUGAUGAUACGUGACUGAACAGGAGCAGACAGUAUCCAUAGAGAUAUCUGAAUCUGAUGCACCAACUGGUGGAAGCUGGAAACAUUCAUUAUCUGAAUCAAUGCCUCUUCCAUUUUACUUCCCUUCCCCCCU